AUGGACAGGAUUGUGCGAUGGCAAGAAGUAGAGCAAGAGAGGAAUGACGGGGAUCUAGAAGGAUCUAGACUGGCAAGCGGUACUACCCGAGAACCUAUACAGCAAGGAGGUAUAAAGUUAAGGUUGCAAGAGCCGAUACCACAAUUACAAGGCAACUGUUCUUCCUCGAGUUUCAAGAUCAAGACGAUUCACCGCCUUGUUCUGCAAAGACACGCCGGUAUCUCUGUCGCACCGACACUCCGAUCCCGCAUUCUAAAUUCCAUCUCUGGUGUAACGGAUCUUGGUAUACGCGACAUGACUUCCCCACCGCCAUAUAACCACACACAGUCAUCACAUCAUGACCACUCCCUACGCAAAAGUAGGCCGUGUCAGGAUAUACUGAUCCCUGUGACACCUUCUGUCAUGAUCCACAUCCCAAAUUCUGCCUCGUAUAGCCCGCGUAGCGCACAUCGCAGGAAGCGGAAUACGCAGAGCAUUCCUAUGGUGGAGAUUGUACAUCAUAAAGCAGUAAGACAAUCGACAAUCAUGAUGCGGUUUGACGCCGUUCGUAAUGGAACCCUGCCCCUUUCUGCACUUUACGAAAUUUUUGACUCCUGCGAUAUCGUUGAUGAUUGGAUAGCCGAGCUUUUCUUCCCAUUGCAUUUUCUCAUCUUCAGACACAUAAUAGUCAUACAAAAUCAAGGCUUAUGGUGCUCCGAUUCUAAGGCCGUCCCUCAAUUCGUUUCAAACCAGCUGUGGAAUACAUUUUCUCCAGUCCCUUGUAAGACGACAUUCCGCGUAAUUCAUAUGCCUUGCCGUCGCACCAAACGGGUAGAUUCAAACCGACCGGUAGGCGCAGUGGGAGACACCGCGUUCGACAAGACCCCGUUUGUCACUUGGACUCGCCGAGACUCUUCAUAUACAAGGCUGGAGCUCCUGCCACAGAUAGCCAGGUACUACUUCGGGAGUGAUGCAUUGACUCAUGAGUACCCUGUUACAAGCUCCCAAGUCAAAUUCCAUCAGUGCGCUUUUGGCACCCACGCCCUUGCAUCGCCACUAUUGUCAUCGCCAGAUAUUCCGAAGCACAAUAUUAUCGCGGAUAGUAUUUAUGCUGAAUAUGGGAGCUCAGUUAGAGAGUGUCUUAUGCUAUUUAUUAAGUAG